CUGCUCUCAUUGACAAACAGUAUCAAUUUGUCUUUUCAGAAACUCGAUAGCUUUAUGGAGAUGGCAUUUGGAGGGCGCUACGUAAUUCUUUUGAUGGCAUUAUUUUCAAUCUAUUGCGGAUUGAUAUAUAAUGAGUUCUUCUCUGUUCCAUUUCACAUUUUUGGUGAUUCUGCUUAUAAGUGUCGUGAUUCUACUUGCAGUGAUGCAUACACUGCUGGUCUUGUAAAGUAUCGAGAUCCAUACAAGUUUGGUGUGGACCCUAGCUGGCGAGGAAGUCGCUCUGAGCUCCCAUUUCUUAACUCCCUUAAAAUGAAGAUGUCUAUACUAUUUGGUCUAACUCAGAUGAACUUAGGGAUCAUAUUAAGUUAUUUUGAUGCCAAGUUUUAUGGGAACUCUCUUGAUAUACGGCAUCAGUUCAUACCUCAGAUGAUCUUCCUCAAUAGCUUGUUUGGCUAUCUUGCACUCUUAAUCAUCAUUAAGUGGUGCACAGGUUCUCAAGCUGAUUUAUAUCAUGUCAUGAUAUACAUGUUCCUGAGCCCUAUGGAUGAUCUUGGUGAAAACCAGCUAUUUUGGGGUCAGAAAUUUCUGCAGAUUGUCUUAUUGCUUCUAGCUGUCGUGGCGGUUCCGUGGAUGCUAUUUCCAAAACCUUUCAUCUUAAAAAAACUUCAUACAGAGGUAUAAUUUGGUUCUUUCAGUUAUUAUUUCACUUGACUGCAUUUUCUAACAUUUUGGGGGGCAACAUGCUUGUUUUCUUCAAUACUUUCUCUAAGACAAUGAGAUGUUAGGAAUUUUAUCUAGCAAGAUGGGACCAUGAUAUUGCUACAAUAUAAACAAACUACUAAACUUGAAUCAACCAUGAUCUGAGAUAACAAUCAAAAUCAAUAAUAAAGAUCCAGAAAACCGUCAUAAUACCCUGAAAUCAUCUUAAUGCAAAUUGCAGCUGGCACCACCUGUGAAUGAUGUUCACCUUGAGUUAAUGUCUACAUCUUGCCAGCAAGGAAACUGCAGAGAUCUUCUUAGGGAGAGAAAACUUACCUGCACAAAAAGCUUCAAAUAAUAGAAUUGAAUAUCAAAUUUACAUCUGACUUCACUUUAAAAAUCUAAUACUUCUCUUGGUCCAAGCAACUCACACUAAAAGUUCUAUUUUCUUCUUAGAAAUAGCAGUUCUAUGAAGGAAAAAGAGUGGUAUUACCAUAACCUUCUUGUAGCUGUCUAGCAUUAGUUUUUUUCGUUUCCACGCAAUCUCUUCAGUAAGUGAAUUAUAUACAUGAUCCAUAAGCAAAUAUCGAGAGAACUUAAUACAUUUUAAAGAUAAGAUAAUGAAAUAAGAUAUCUGGAACAUAGAUAAUGAGACUAAUAUUAUGUGAAAUAACAUGUUUUCUUGUAUUAGUAAAGUGGCUAAAGAUAUACUAGGAGAAUUUAAAGGUUGUAGAUUAGACGAUAAGGAGAGUUGGUGGUGGAAUGAGAGUGUGCAAAAAGUUAUUAGAUUGAAGAAAACUUUUAUAUAAAGAGUGGCAAAAGUGUAUGAGUAGAGAAAACUUAGAAAAAUGUAAACUAGUAAGGAAUGAAGCAAAAAGAGUGGUUAGUGAGAAUAAAUACAUGGUUUAUGAAAAUUUUUAUAAGAACUUAGAAUUUAAGGAGGGAGAAAAGAUAUAUAACCUUUCUAAGAUUAGAGACAGGAAGAGUAGGGAUUUUGGUAAUAUUAGGUAUAUUAAAAGUGAGGAUCAAAGAGUUCUAGUGACCGACGGGGAAAUAAAAGAGAGGUGGAGGGGUUACUUUUAUCAAUUGUUUAAUGAUAACCAAA